UUGAAAGGAAAAUUGCGGCGUAGUUGCUCAUGGUAAAUUGUAUAUCUGCGUAAUGAUUAACGCGAGUGUGUCCCUAUUGAACAAAUACCUACAGUAUUAAAAAUUUUGAUUGUAAACAAUUGUUCGCCGCAGAAUUGUGCUGAUUUAUGUUACUGACUCGACCAUAAUUUUUUGAAGUAAGCACCUAAGUUGAUAAUUGAUACUCCAUCGUGAAUUACCGAGACAUGCCUACAUUGUAAAUAAUGUUUUACAAAAAGGUAAUUCUUAGCAGUUGGAGUUGAACCUGUAAAUGAUCAACAUGGGUUUCUCGUUAUUUGUUGUAAUUUUACUCGUUCAUCAGUACUUAUUGGUAGUUCAAGUAGGUAGCUAAUGUAAUUAACCCACAUUUUAUUUUAAUAGGUAGUAGGUAGAUAGGUAGGUACCUGGGUAUUUGGAAAUAUGAAAUUCCUAAUUCGUGUAAACUGGAAACUACAUUUUACAGUCAGAAUUGAUAUGUGAUCCAACGGUGAAACCGGCACCAGACUUUCAUUGCGACCAGGAUGCGGAAAAAUUGUACAAGGAUGGAGGCGAUGAUCAAGGAAAUGCCAGACUCUUAUUCCACAGAUCUUUAGAACAACGUCAAAGCAUUCGAGAUUAUUUCAAUUCCCAUUACACGUGGAAGGUGAAAAAAGAUUGCAGUUAUCAUUGUACUUAUUACGCGUAUCCUCCAGCGAAUUUAGUCAAGGAUCUUGGUAAACAAGCCAUAUACAAUUUGGAUAAAUUGUACGAUAUGCUAUUCACUAAUUUUGAAGAUAUACUGAUCGGCGUUGUUCACGGUACCAUUACUCGAGAAUGGAAAGAAGUCGGAGGCAUCGAGGAGGUACUUUGUGCAAAUGAUAACAAAAUGAAAAAGCUAAUGAGGGAGUCUUAUGAAAAAAAUUUUAAAAUUAAAAUGGAAGAAGAUUUCAAGAAAUUCAACAGAGAAGACGCAGCAUAUCAGAAUGCUAUGCUCAAGUACUGUUUGCCGGAUCUUUGUCAAGAUAAGAAAAUCUCCAAAGACCAAGCUGCAAAAGAGGCAAAAGCUCUUCAAGAUAUUAAUAUAAAAAAUGAUAAGGAAAAAUUCAAGUGUAAAUUGAAAGAAUUUUUAAAGAAGUAUGUACUGCGAACCGGAUCUCAAACUUAUAUUCCAAGCUUACCGUAAGGACGUAAGGACGACGAUCAUGGCAUCGAUACAGCUGUAGAAGAAGUGUUUGAAGGCGACGAAAGAAGAGUUUAUGACAUGAUAGUGCGGUACAUCGAAGAUACUUGUAGAUGUUACGCCGAUGAAUUACAAAAAGCUGUGAAGGGAAAUGGAUGCGAUUUCGACAAAGUACAUAGGAUCAUCUUAACUCGAUCUGAAAGAGACUUGAAGUGUAUACUGAACAAUUUUAGGAGUCGAAAUGGUGAAACUUUCACAGAACGAUUGCAAGAAGAAACUCGGUUAGAAAAAUUAUAUUUGACCUCUAUACGAUAUCUUUGCGGGAAACCAUAGACAUGAAAUGAUGAAAAAUAUGUAGAUAUUUUACCUACUUCAUGUUUCAACGAAUAGUUUUUAUCAAUUUAUUACAAAAGUGGCUGAAUUUUGUGAUCAACGAUUUAUGUAUUAUGUACUAUACGUAUUUUUUUCUUCAAAAUUUAUGAAAAAAUAAAAUUUUUGAAAAUUUGAACAAAACAAAUUGACUUUAGUAACCAAUAAGACUUUUCUGAGCCAAAAUUUUUAAUUCUGAAGCUGAAGGAAAAAUACACGUCGAUUUCGAAUACUCCAGUACGAUAUGUCGCAAGGAUAAAUUGAAGAAAUUUUCCAAAAACUUUGA